AGGCGUUAAGAUCGAACGCAUGAGGCAACCCCGACGAGAAUCGCGCAACAAACCGGGGAAAGUAUAAGAUAAUCGAGAAACUUGUGGUAAUACAUAGAAUUGGGAAGAAGGCAACCCCUCGAAGAAUUUAAUCCGAAAUAAUUGAUCGUGAAGGCAGUGAGGCCUUUGUAUUGGAUAAAAAUAGGAAACCUCUGCGUUAGCAGUGUCAGCGUUAAUUAACGGCUAAUUGACGUGACGCUAAAUGAAAUAUUAUGUGGGGAGAGAAGCACAUGUCUUGCUCUCGUACGAGAACAAUCACGUGGUUAAAAAAUAGUUAUAGGGUUCAGUUUAGUAACUCAAACCUUAACAAAGUCUGUGACGUUAGAAGUAAUGCAUUUAACUAGCUUGUUGGAUUAAUAUGGUAAAUAGUUUAUUAACCCAGAUUACAACCAUGAUAAAUUCUAUCAUAAUGCUGGAGAAAUCAGGCGCUAUGCUAAAAUUCUACCUCCGCUAUAUGUACAAAGUUAUGAAAACUGAAUUGAACUUAUUAAGUAUAAAAUGAAAUAUAUUCUGAUAUAAACACGUAUUUAUACACGAUAUAUAAAUGUAUAGGGUAGCUUUUCAUCUUUAAUACGCGUCUCUUCAAGUAUUAAAUGAAAAUCAAUUAUUAUACUGUAAUAAGCACGUAUGUAUACUAUACAUAAACAUAAGGGAAGAGAACUGAAUGGACAUAGAUACAUAUAUGAUGUGAAAUAGAAUAGCAGAGUUAAAGUACCUACUUAGAAAUUUAAAGUAAAAAAAAUCAAAUUCAGAAACUAAUCAUGGCUAUACCAUAUGAUGAAAGCCUAAUAUGGCUAGUAGUAGUUGGAUUCAUCGUCGCAUUUAUAUUGGCAUUUGGAAUUGGGGCAAAUGAUGUCGCAAACAGUUUUGGAACCAGUGUGGGUGCCGGUGUUCUGACAAUAGUUCAAGCUUGCAUUUUAGCUACAAUAUUUGAAAUAGCCGGGGCUGUACUCAUAGGAUAUAAGGUAUCUGAUACAAUGCGCAAAGGCAUACUCGAUGUGUCACUGUACGAGGGACAUGAGAAAGAACUGAUGCUUGGUGCACUUUCUAGUCUUGUUGGUUCAGGUAUUUGGUUGAUGAUUGCAACUGCCUUGCGUCUUCCUAUUUCUGGGACUCAUUCGAUUGUUGGCGCAACUGUUGGCUUUUCACUUGUAUGCAGAGGCACUGCAGGGGUAAAAUGGGUGGCUCUUGGAAGUAUAGCAGCUUCUUGGUUUGCUAGUCCCGUACUAAGCGGCCUAGUGUCAGCUUCUAUUUUCUUAACACUGAGAAAAACUGUUUUACAAGCUAGCAAACCCUUGGACCGAGGUCUCCGAAUCCUCCCACUAGCUUAUGGCCUAACCAUUGCUACAAAUGUACUCUCGGUUGCACACGAUGGGCCAAAACUGUUGAAGCUGGAUAACAUACCCUGGUGGGGUAGCAUUAUAGCCGCAGUAACUAGUGGUUUACUGUCCGCUUUUGUUGUAUACACAUUUGUAGUCCCAUGGCAGAGAAAAAGAAUAUUACUGGCUAGCGAUGGUGUUGGUGGUGCCACAGAGUUCGAUGCGUGUGAUAGAAAAGAAACAACUGCGCUGUCAGUCAUUGCUCCAGCUCCUUCAUCUAGUAAAAAUUCUGAAGAAACACCAAAGCUUAGGGGCAACACAAGUGCGAGUCCCUUAUUAUUAACUGUUGGGGCGGAUGUGGAAGGUCCGAGUGUUGAGGCUGGAAGAGACGAUGAAGAACCAGUAGAAGUAUCAAAACUCUUCUCAUUUCUCCAAGUAUUAACUGCUGCAUUUGGAAGUUUUGCUCAUGGAGGAAAUGAUGUUAGCAAUGCCAUAGGACCUUUGAUUGCAUUGUGGGCAGUCUAUGCUGACGGUUCUGUUCGUCAAGAAACAGAAACUCCUCUGCCUAUUCUUCUCUAUGGAGGACUAGGCAUAUCAGUUGGACUUUGGAUAUGGGGGAGAAAAGUUAUUCGAACACUCGGCCAAGAUUUAGCACGAAUUACUCCAGCUAGUGGAUUUACAAUUGAGGUAGGUGCAGCACUAACAGUUCUGUUGGCAAGUAAGGCUGGUCUUCCAGUGUCAACGACGCAUUGUAAAGUGGGUUCGAUUGUGUGUGUCGGAUGGGUAUCACGUGGUGGUGGUGGUGUGUCCUGGGCGCUAUUUCGUAACAUUGCCUUUGCGUGGUUAAUCACUGUACCAGUUGCAGGGUUAUUAUCUGCUGCCUGUAUGGCUGUGUUUAGGCAAGUACUUACUGUCUGAGUCGAAGAAUGAAUUAGGUAUAAAUACAGCUUAGUAAAAGUGAAAGCCAUCCAAUACAGCUAUUGUUAUUAGGACAUAAAUAAAAUGAAACUGAAAUAAAGGUGAAAUACUUUUUC